AUGAAACAGCAGAUUACCUGGAACAUUCAAACUGCAAUUCUUAGGGCCUUCCAAACCAUGCUGAGACUACAACCUGUUCCUGAAGCCAUCAUCGUAGCCUGGACUAAACCACUCCAAGGAUCCUUCAAGCUUAACACUGACGGAAGCUAUUUACAUGGAAACGGUAACGCAGGUUUGGGAGGAAUUAUGAGAAAUGACCAGGGUGAACUCAUAAUGGCCUUCUCUAUCUCUGCCAAAUGCAAUAGUAACAAUGAUGCUGAAGCACAAGCUGCUAUAUUUGGAAUCAAAUGGUGUCUUAAACAUGGUUAUUCUGACUUCAUUAUUGAAUUGGAUUCUCUCCUGGUGGUAAACAUGCUAAAGGAGGGGCGGACAGAUAACUACAAAAUGAAGAAGAUCAUUGAUGAGGCAACACAGUUAAUGAACCAAGUCAAUAUCACCCCUAAUCACUGCUAUAGAGAGGCUAACCAAGUGGCGGAUUUCUUAGCUAAAUUGGCUUCAACCACUUCUGACAAGCUAGAGUUUUUGCUAUGGGAACAACGUACUAGUGCAAUAUCAAUGACCCUAUGCUUGUUAAUCAGCACUAUCUUCCUUUCUUCAUUUGCUGGUGGAUAUCAUCUUAAAGACCCUGAAGCUGCUCUUUUGAAGAAGGAAAAGAUAUACAAAGACUCAAAGCUUGUAAAUGCAGAUGAUUUCUUUGCUUCAUCAGCGCUUAAUCCCAGUCAAUUGAAGCCAUUGGCUAACUAUGAUGGUAUCUAUUCAUCUGUGGUAGAUGCAAGAACAAUUCCAGCAAUCAACACUAUUGGUAUUACUAUUGCUCGUUUAAUAUGCAAGCCAUUAGCUGUUAUACCUCCUCAUUCACAUCCUCAAUUUUCUGAGCUAUUGACUGUCUUAGAGGGUAGUUUAUAUGUUGGCUUUCUUGUUCCUUAUUCAAGUAACUUGCAAAAGACUCAACUCGUUUCAAAAAUCUUGAAUGCUGGUGAUGUGUUUGUUUUUCCACAAGGUCAUAUUCACUUUCAAUAUACUGUGGGAAACACUAGUGCAACAGUAGUCCAGGCUUUCAACGGCGCAAAUUAUUUAUCUGCCAUUGUUCCUAGUUCAAUCUUUGCUUCUGAUCCUCCUAUUAACGAUGAUUAUCUUGCCAAAGCUUUUAAAUUGGAUAAGACGGUGAUUGAAGAUCUUCGGAAGAAAUUCUCCUAA